AUGGGGGAAGCAACAACUGUUGGUACCGUGGUUUGUUUUUUUCUGUGUUUGUAGAGGAACCUGUUGGAGGAAGAUUCAGAUGAAGAGGAAGACUUUUUCUUGAGAGGGCCUUCUGGACCAAGAUUUGGACCCAGGAAUGAAAAGAUCAGGCAUGUCCAGAACCAGGUGGAUGAAGUUAUCGACGUUAUGCAGGAGAACAUCACAAAGGUGAUUGAAAGAGGCGAGCGGCUGGAUGACCUGCAGGAUAAAUCAGAAAGUUUAUCAGACAAUGCAACAGCUUUUAGCAACAGAGCCAAGCAGCUUCGGAGACAGAUGUGGUGGCGAGGUUGCAAGAUGAAGGCGAUCAUAGCACUGGUGGCGGUUAUUCUCCUGCUCGUGAUCAUCGUACCCAUAGUCCUGAAGUACCAUACCUGACGGGGCAGCUGGAGGCUUCGGUGGAGCUGGCUCUGGGAUAACCAAACUGCUGUGUAAUUUAAGUGAGAUAUCUGUAUAUAGCUUUGAAGUUGUUUUUCUCCAAGGAGCGAGGAGGUGGCGGCAAGUAGCCAGUUCUAACAGAGCAUUUUAAGAACUGCCAAAUGACACCCCCCCUUUUCUUUUUUUUGGUCAA